UCUCAUAACUAGGUAUUUGCUUUUUAGUGUUUGUGAACUCGUGUGUAAGAGAUACAAUUAAGAUGGCAAAGGAGAUCUCAACAUCUCUGUUAUACCCAACAAUGAUUUGUCGGAGAUAACGCUGAUUUUCAGACACCCCUGUCCCUCAUAAUCCAGGAACCCCUGCAUGAGGUCAACUCCAAAGUGAUAUAACAUCACUUUGUUGAAAUUGAUCAUACUCUCAGUUCAUUACCACAAGUGGUUAGAGAUAGACAUACGAGUAUUAUGGCAGCCAAUGGAAAAUUAGCUCUUCUCAGUGUGUCAGACAAGGCUGGACUAUUGCCUUUGGCCAAAUGUCUGUCAGAAAUCGGUCUGACUCUUGUAGGCAGUGGCGGCACGGCCACGGCGCUCCGCAAUGCUGGCCUCAAAGUGUUGGAUGUUUCGGACAUCACUGGAGCCCCAGAAAUGUUGGGAGGUCGUGUCAAAUCAUUACAUCCAGCUGUACAUGGUGGAAUAUUGGCCAGGUUGUCAGAAUCAGACCAGGCCGACAUGAAGCGUCAGAAGUUCGACAUGAUAAGCGUUGUCGUUUGCAACCUGUAUCCAUUUGUGCAAACCGUGUCCAAGCCCGAUGUGACAGUAGCUGAUGCUGUGGAGAACAUUGACAUCGGUGGAGUGACGUUAUUGCGCGCCGCAGCUAAGAACCAUGAUAGGGUGACCGUCAUUUGCGACCCUAGCGAUUACGACUCCGUUAUCAAUGAACUUAAACAGAAUAAGGAUCAUCAAACCUCACUGGAGACAAGAAAGACCCUCGCUCUGAAAGCGUUCACCCACACGUCAGAGUACGACCUCGCGAUAUCGGACUACUUCCGGCGACAGUACUCGGCGGGCCGCUCCCAGCUCACCUUGAGAUAUGGCAUGAAUCCGCACCAGAAGCCCGCGCAGGUGUUCACAACGCGCGAUAAGCUGCCUUUAACUACCCUCAACGGUUCCCCCGGGUUUAUCAAUCUGUGCGACGCCCUCAACGCGUGGCAGUUGGUGAAGGAGCUCAAGGAAGCCCUAGGGCUUCCCGCAGCCGCCAGCUUCAAGCAUGUGUCGCCAGCUGGAGCAGCUAUUGGCCUGCCUUUGAAUGAUGAAGAGGCGGCAGUAUGCAUGGUGAGCGACCUCCUCCCGCAGCUGUCGCCGCUGGCGAGCGCGUACGCGCGCGCGCGCGGCGCCGACCGCAUGAGCUCCUUCGGGGACUUCGUCGCGCUCUCCUGCGUCUGCGACGAGUCCACCGCGCGCAUCAUCUCUAGAGAAGUAUCGGAUGGGGUCAUCGCUCCCGGAUACUCGGCGGCCGCCCUCGAAAUACUGAAGAAGAAGAAGGGAGGCAACUAUUGUGUACUACAGAUGGACGCCAGUUUUGAGCCAGACCUGAUAGAACAGAAGACCAUCUUCGGUCUCACGUUGGAACAAAGACGGAAUGACGCCAAAAUCACUCCAGAACUAUUCAAGAAUGUUGUAACCAAAGUCAAGAAUCUUCCAGAAAGCGCUGUGAGGGAUCUGAUUGUGGCCACCAUAGCGCUUAAAUACACGCAGAGUAAUUCUGUGUGCUAUGCUAUGAAUGGACAGGUGGUCGGCAUCGGCGCCGGCCAGCAGUCCCGCAUCCACUGCACCAGACUGGCGGGCGCCAAGGCCGCGCUGUGGUGGACGCGCGCGCACCCGCGCGUGCUGGCGCUGAGCUUCCGGCCGGGCGUCACGCGCGCCGCGCAGGCCAACGCUAUCGACAACUACGUCAACGGCACUGUUGGUACCGACCUCCCAUUCGAACAAUUCAACACACUGUUCGAAGGGGCUCCUCCCGCGCUGUUGACCAAUGAGGAGCGAGAGGCUUGGAUCAGCAAGAUGGAUCACGUGGCUCUGGCUUCCGAUGCCUUCUUCCCUUUCAGGGAUAACAUCGAUAGAGCUGUACAGUGCGGUGUGAAGUACAUCGGCAGUCCCGCCGGCUCCAACAACGACGAGGAAGUGAUCCGCGCCUGCGACGAACACAACAUCGUUAUGGCCCACACCAAUCUCCGACUGUUCCACCAUUAGAUCACUUUAAAUAUAUCUGACGACGUAAUUAUAUUGUCACGUCUAUACACGUGAUCAUAGUGCGAUUUUGUAAAUACAGCCACGAUUAUAUUACUAAACAUUUUGAAGCGUAAAUAAUCGGUGUAUCAUUUUCAUUGCAAUUUACAUGAAUGAGAUGGACGAUGUUCUUUUUCACUUGAAGUAAUGGAAAAGAGUGAGAAAAUGUUUUUCUUGAUGUAUUCGUGGCUUAGGAAUCAACCUAUGGUCUGUCUAUAAAAAGUAGGAUUAUAAAUGAACUACAUUUUUGUCCAUUGCGAUACCAAAUAGAACGGUCAAAUCAAGAUUGGUUGAUUGUUGAUUCUCUUUAUAGAUGGAUUGUAGAUCGAAGCAACUCCGAAAGCUCAUCACUAGGAGAGGUCGUUUCGAUUUUCCAGAAAUCUACUAUACUAACUAAACACAACAAACACACAAACUCUAAGUAAAUUAGUACAAUUCUUAGUUUGCUGCAAAUCCAGGCAUGUUAUACUUGCUCGGAUAAAAUAUAAUUAAAAUAUGUAUUUUCCACGAAAAGCUAUGGAAUUUUUUGUCAUUAUUAUUUUUAGCAUUGAUAUAUAAAGACAGAACUAAAGUAGUGUGACGAUACGCGGGGUGGGAGUCGGCCGGAAGAGGAACGCGGCCCCGCCAUGACUCCACCUCGAAUGUAGUUCGUCGACCUCAGUGAAUAAAAUUUCCGAAAUUCGCCAUUCGAUAUAUCACACUUACAGAUGAACGUAAAAUAAGUUAUGCCAAUCAUACGAAAUUAACGUCAGAAUAUACCAAUGCUCUUAGCGCGUAAUGUUAUAUUUGCGACAAAAUUUGUGAUUUAUUGAAAAGCGUGCCUGCUUGGAAGCAUUUCUUGGAUUUACUAUAAAAAUAUUUAUUUCGGAGCACUGUUUUCGUAGGGAUUUUUAACUUCCUACGUCGUACCAGACGGCUGUUAAAAUUAUGUGACCGAUCACAACUAACAAAUAUUUGAUGAUAACUCGUGCCAUUUUCCUUCGAUAGUCAUAUUAUGUUUUCCGUAUGUAGGUGUAAUGUAUUUUGAUUAAGUAUGCGUCUGGUUUAUGUGAUUGUGAAGAUUUACUGCAUAUUGCAGGCACAGUAAAAUCGAUUUACCAACAUCAGAAAAUCAUGUAUUGUUAUAUUAUAAGCAUUUAUUACCGAUAAGUUUUGACAGUGCCUUAUGAAUACUUGUUAAACAUUCCUAAACAGUGAUUUAAAAUCAAAAUCAAAUUAUAUAUUUUAUGUGCAUAAGAUCUGAGAUAUAUUUUUUAUAUAUAUUAUAUUGUUACAUUAAACUUUA